AUGGCUCCCAAUCUAAAGGACAUGGCCAGCGCGGCCAUCAGCCUCCCCAAGCGCAUCGCCAUCCCCCUAACCCCCACAAGCCCACCCGGCCUCGUCCAGGCGCUGACCGUCGACCCGUGGUCCAAGUCGGGCAAGUACGCGCUUGGAUGGACGUACUUUGCCCUGGCCCUCGUGCUGUGCGUGACGGCCGUCCGCUUCUGGCACUUCUGGCAGGACAAGAUCCGCCAGGCCAUCUACAAGCAAGAGGUCGAGGAGCACUACCAGAACCUGUACAAUAUCGACGCCGACUACGCCAUGGCCAUGCGCAGCGGCCAGGCCAGCCAGUUCUUCUUCCCGGACAUGGCGGGCGACGGCGCGGCCACGGCGACGGCCGAGAAGACCUUCCGCCCCAAGGCGCACUUCUCGUCCGUGGGGCCCGUCAACGACACGCUGGCCCUGUUCCGGUGGGUCUUCUACAGGCCCCUGCCCGACCUGGUCUUCCGCAAGUACAGGCUCACCUUCUCCUCGCCGGCGGUGCUGACGUGCGCCCUCGUCGCCACCGUCUUCGUCACGCUGUACUGCUUCCUCCAGCAGCCGCUCUACUGGCAGAGCAUCCAGUUCGGGUCGCCGCCGCUGGCCAUCCGGUCCGGCAUGAUCGCCGUGGCGCUGACGCCGUGGAUCGUCGCCACCAGCAUGAAGGCCAACCUGCUCACCGUCGUCACGGGCAUCGGCCCGGAGCGCCUCAACGUCCUCCACCGCUGGCUCGGCUACCUGUGCCUGUUCCUGACGCUGGUCCACUGCGUGCCCUUCUACGUCCAGCCGGUGUGGGACGACGGCGGCAUGGAAGUCUUCCAGCGCCUCUUCCCGGGCGGCAGCGGCAUCAUCUACGGCACCGGCAUCGCCUGCCUCGUCCCCCUGUGCUGGCUGUGCGUGGCCUCGCUGCCGUAUGUCCGCCGCGUGGCCUACGAGGCCUUUGUCCUGCUGCACGUGCCCGUGGGCGCCGCCUACGUCGGCCUGCUCUUCUGGCACACGAAGAACUACCUCAUGUCGUGGAGCUACCUGUACGCCACCGUGGCCGUCUGGGCCGUGUGCUGCUGCGCGCGCUUCUUCAACCUCAACUGGACCAAGCCCUGGCGGCCCAUGGCCUUCAUGGUCGGCGACGAGGCCGCCAUAACGCUCAUGGCCGAGAACGCCAUCAAGAUCACCAUCCCCACCCAGAUGCGCUGGAAGCCCGGCCAGUACGUCUACCUGCGCAUGCCGGGCAUCUCCUUCCUCGACAACCACCCCUUCACCAUCUCGUCCCUGUGCAGCGACGACUUCCCCUCCGAGUACGGCGAGCAGUUCCGCGACUGCAUCAUCGUCUUCAAGCCCUACGGCGGCUUCACCCGUCGCGUCCUGGAGACGGCCGUCGACAAGGGCCCCUUCCACACCUACCGGGCCUUCCUCGACGGCCCCUACGGCGGCAUGCGCCGCGACCUCGCCGCCUUCGACACGUGCGUCCUCAUCGCCGGCGGCAGCGGCAUCACCGCCCUCAUGUCCCAGCUCCUGAACCUGAUCAAGCGCAUGCGCGACGGGAAGGCCAUCACGCGCAAGGUCGUCGUCGUCUGGGCCCUGAAGCGCCUGGAAGCCAUGGACUGGUUCAGGGAGGAGCUGAGGAUCUGCCGCGACGCCGCGCCCCCGGAGAGCGUCACGUGCAAGUUCUUUGUCACCUCAGCCGUGCGGCACCGGCCCGGUGAGGAGAUAGGGUCCAACGCUGCGGCGGCGGCAGCGGCGGCGGCGCCCGGCGUGCCGCCGACGAACCGUGCCCUGACGCACGCCCUGCACGACAAGCUGGACGGCUUCGUGGCCGGCGUGGCGUCGAAGCGCAACUCGGCGAUGAUAUACGCCGAGGCCCAGGGCGACCCAGAUCGGGAGCGCGAGCUGCGGGCCGAGAACGAGGACCGCAUCACGGCCCUCCCCCAUCAGGACUAUAUGCAGGUCCAGCACCAGCACCACCACCACCACCAGGGGCAGGCGCCGCAGGCCGGCCCUCUACCGGCCAAGCUCAUCUCGCCCGUGGAGGAUGACGAUGUGCAGGGCCGUCUGCCCCUCGGGCCAAACGGGUACCCCGUCGACAAGAAGCAGGUCGAGGUGGAGGAGCACCGGACAGAGUUCCGCUUCCCUCCUAUCCACAGGGAGAACCCGCUACAUUUCAACAGCGCGCCCAAGGUCCUAGCCGAACAGCGGCAGCAGCAGCAGCAGCAGCAAGGCCAGGAGACCCAGGACGGAGAGGGAGGAGGGCAAGAGGGGGAGAAUGGCGGAUUCCCAGUCCGGGCCCCGGAGCUAGCCCACCUGCGGACCAACCUACCCCCGGCGGGCGCUCGACCGACAUCGACGUUCGGCCCCCCCUCGGGCUUCGACUUUGGCUUCCCCGAGACGCCGACGGAAUUCCAGAAGAACCUGAUGCGCUCUGCCUUCCCUAUACCACACCAGAUAGACGGCAGCUGGAGCGUCGAGUACGGCCGACCGGACCUGGGAUACAUGCUCAAGGAAUGGGCCACGGGCGGGGCGGACGGGAGGGGCAUACUCGGACGCAGGACGGGGGUGUUCGUAUGCGGCCCCCCGGGUAUGAGGGUCGGCGUGGCUACUACGGUUGCUAGGUUGCAGGCAGAGAUUUGGGGGGAUGACGAGCUCGAGGAGAUCUACCUACAUACGGAGAACUACGCUCUGUAG